AUGAACUGUGUGCGCCAAUACGCUCCACAGGUGCUCAGUUAUGUCAACCAAUGUCCUUUUAUGAGUCAUGCCGUGCGUUAUGCCUCAAGCCAUCAAAGACAAAGUAAAGACAAUUUAGCUGAAGCUGCAUCCCAGGAUAGCCCAGCCAGCAACUGUCCAUUCCUUGCCAAGGAAAAACCCCUGGGAGUUCAUGAAGUAAGCCCAUUGAUAAAGCAGGACAUGAUUAAUGCUUUCAGCCAAGGACCUCAAGAGCUUCCUACAACGGACAUGGACCACAGAAUAUCUACAAGUGUGCCUUCAAGUAUGACUGCAGAGACGAUGGCUACUGAUGUAGAUCUGACCCCAACUGAGCAGUUAACUCCUCAGUCUGUGGUCAGUGCAACUGCUGCUGCUAAUGCAGCAGCAACUGCUUCUUCUCCAUCUUCCAGCCAUGCUGUGAAAGCAAACAAGAUUGGAGGUUCUGCCAAUGGCUGGGGAUCAUCCCAAGGAAGUUCGAUGUUCUUUGACUAUGAGAAGUUUUUUGAGGAAGAGAUUGAAAAAAAGAAAGAGGACCAUUCCUACCGUGUGUUCAAGAAAGUUCUGCGUAAAGGAAACAAGUUUCCCUGGGCUGAAGAGUACAGUAAUAUUGAUAAGAAAGAUAUUACUGUUUGGUGCAGCAAUGAUUAUGUCGGAAUGAGUUGGCAUCCUCUUGUCACAAAUUCUGUUCAAGAAGCAUUACAUAAAUAUGGAGCAGGAGCUGGAGGCACUCGAAAUAUAUCAGGGAAUUCGCCUCUGCAUGAAUCACUGGAAAAAGAAUUGGCAUCUCUCCAUCAAAAAGAGGCUGCAUUGUUGUUCACUUCCUGUUAUGUAGCGAAUGAUACCACUCUCUGCACAUUAGGCAAACAUCUUCCAGGGGUGCAAAUCUUCUCUGAUGCUGGCAAUCAUGCCUCAAUGAUACAAGGUAUUCGUAACAGUCGUGCACCUAAGCAUAUAUUCAACCACAAUGACCCUCUACAUUUAGAAGAGUUACUUCGAAAAGCCGAUCCAAAUAUACCAAAGAUUGUGGCCUUAGAAACUGUGCAUUCAAUGACAGGUGCUGUUUGUCCUUUAGAGGAAUUGUGUGAUGUUGCACACAAGUAUGGAGCGCUAACUUUUGUUGAUGAGGUACAUGCAGUCGGUCUGUAUGGUGAAAAUGGUGCUGGUAUUGGAGAGAGGGACAAAGUCUUGCACAAGAUGGACAUGAUCACAGGAACCUUAGGCAAAGCAUUUGGUAACAUGGGCGGUUAUAUGGCCAGCACAGCACUGACUAUAGACAUGAUCCGUAGCUAUGCAUCUGGGUUCAUCUUCACAACAUCAUUACCUCCAACUACACUAGCUGGGGCCACUACUGCCAUCCGUAUCAUGAAAAGUGAUGAAGGUAGACAGUUACGUAAAAGACACCAGUCAAAUGUCAAAUAUCUGAGGGACUGUCUCCUCACUGUGGGCAUUCCAGCUGUUCUUUGCCCGAGUCACAUUAUACCAAUUCAUGUUGGAGAUCCAAAACUAUCAACUUCCAUCUGUAAUGACCUGCUGAUUAAGCACAACAUUUACGUCCAGGCUAUCAACUAUCCAACUGUGGCUCGUGGAGAGGAGAAAUUGCGAGUGGCAGCAACACCUCACCACACCAAGGAAAUGAUGGACCACUUUGUUGACUGUGUAGUGAAGGUGUGGCUUGAGCAUGGACUCACUUUGAAUCCAGACUCCACAUGGCCAGCCGAGUUUGAUGAGAAGUUUAAGAAAUUCUCUAUAUAA